AAGCGCUGACUGCAAAAUGAGCUCCUUCCAGCUGAUGCCGAAAGGAGGUAAACUGAAACUUCAGGAAUGAUGAUCAGCUCAUUGGCAAGUUACAGGAAAACCACAUACAAGGCAACUAAAUAAAGACCAUGCAAAAGAUGACAUCUACGGUUUUGGUCAUUGGUUGUCUCAUUUUACUGAUACCUUUGUUCAGUGCUGAAGAAUGCGUUAUUUGUGAUUACUUUGUGCUUGUUGGAGAGCCUAUAGCUAUUAGUUGCACAAUGUUUACAUGGCCAACGCUUCACUCUGAUUACAAUCUAACGUGGUAUAAAAAUGGUAGUGCUACACCAAUAACCACAGAGAGAGAUGCCAGGAUCCAUCAGCGAGAGGGCUUGCUUUGGUUUAUUCCUGCAACGCUGGAAGAUUCUGGACUUUAUGAAUGUGAUAUAAGGAGCUUUAACCACUCUAACCAAAAAACUGUAAGUUUAACAGUUUUUAAGAAUGAUAACGGUUUGUGUUUUAAUGGAAAAAUGAAGUUUGAGCAAAUAGUGAUGAGCAGAAAUACUGGAAAGAUGAUAUGCCCUGAUCUAGAACAUUUUAAAGAUGAAGACAAUAAUCAGCCUGAAGUACACUGGUAUAAGGAGUGUAAGCCUGGAUUUCUUGAAGACAAGCGACUUAUUUUGGCAGAUGGUGAAAAUGCUGUCUGGAUUCACAAUGUAACUGUACAAGACAGAGGAAACUACACAUGCCAUAUAGUAUACACAUAUAUGGGAAAACAAUAUAAUGUUUCACGAACUGUGAAUCUAGAGGUUAAAGAAAAACCAUUGCAGAGGAGACCAAAGUUUAUUUAUCCGAAGAACAAUACAAUUGAAGUAGAACUUGGCUCUCAUGUAGUUAUGGAAUGUAAUAUAUCAAGUGACAUAAAUGGCUUGAUUCCAUUCUGGCAAGUUAAUGAUGAGGAUGUUGAUAGCUUUGAUAGCACCUACAGGGAACAGUUUUAUGAAGAGGUGAUGCCUCAUGGAAUUCCUGUAUCUGGAACAAAAUUUAAUAUUUCAGAAGUGAAAGUACAGGAUUAUGCUUAUAAAUUUUUCUGUCACUUCAUCUAUGGUUCUCAACAAUUUACAGCCUACAUCAAAUUGGAACGCCCAGCUUGGAACAUUCAGGGUUACUUAAUUGGAGGAGGAGUUUCCAUGGUAUUUUUAGUAUUUUUUACUCUCUUUAUCUACAAGAUCUUCAAAAUUGAUAUUGUGCUUUGGUAUCGGGACUUCUACCAUCCUUUCCUGGGUAAAAAAGUUUCAGAUGGGAAGAUCUAUGACGCUUAUGUUCUGUAUCCAAAGAACAGAGAGAGCUGCUUGUAUUCAUCGGAUAUUUUUGCUCUGAAGAUACUGCCAGAGGUCUUAGAAAGACAGUGUGGAUAUAACCUCUUCAUAUUUGGGAGGGAUGAUUUACCAGGAGAAGCUGUGAUCAGUGUUGCUGAUGAAAAAAUCCAUCAAAGUAGAAGAGUGAUAAUUGUUUUAGUACCAGAACCCUCCUGCUACAGUGUUACAGACAAUGUGUCUGAAAAGCACCUAGCCGUGUAUAAUGCUCUUGUCCAAGACAGCAUUAAAAUAAUUCUCAUUGAACUUGAAAAAAUACAAGAUUAUGCGGACAUGCCAGAAACAAUCAAAUAUAUUAAGCAAAAGCAUGGGGCUAUCCGGUGGAAAGGGGACUUCUCGGAAAGGUCCCACUCAGCAAGUACCAGAUUCUGGAAGAAAGUGCGCUACCACAUGCCAUCCAGAAAAACUGUAUCUUCAUCAGGGCUGCAUUUGUUACCAAGAGACUUUAAUUCUUCCUAA